AUGGCGACACACACUCGCAACUCUGAGCCUGAAGGCAGACAUCGAGCCAACAGAAAGGAUGAUUAUAUCAGCUACUCGCCGCCAAAGUUUCGAGAUGAGCUCAUGCGAUAUAAACACAUCGCCUUUUUCAAACGGGUUCUUCAGGUCCUGCCAUCGCAGCAGCUUGAUACGCACAGAGUUUCUGUUGCAUUUUUUGCUGUAUCUGGGCUGGAUAUACUUGAAUCAUUGCAAGAAAUUGAAGUCAACAAAAACAACAUAAUCAACUGGAUUUACAGUCUACAAGUGCAGCCACAGGACAACGGAGACAACUAUUGUCAGUGUGGCUUCCGUGGGUGUCCCGUGUUGGGCCACUCUCAUGACAUCAACAAGGCAAGCAAACAAUUGAUUCCAAAUGACAGUAGCAACAUUGCCAUGACAUACACUGCUCUGGUGACCUUACUCAUAUUGGGAGAUAGUCUUUCUCGAGUUCACAAGAAGGCUGUGAUAGCUGGCAUUCGAAGCCUGCAACAAAAAGAUGGCAGUUUUGUUUCUGUGUUAGAGGGAAGUGAGAAUGACAUGAGAUUUGUUUACUGUGCGUGUUGCGUCUGCUUCAUCUUAGAUGACUGGAACGGGAUGGAUGUGGAGAAGACCAUUUCAUAUAUCGUCCAAAGUCUUUCAUACGAGGGUGCAUUCGGUCAGCGACCUUUUAACGAAGCUCAUGGUGGGUCGACGUUCUGUGCGGUUGCUUCCUUGGUACUACUAGACAGGCUGCACAGUGCCCUGACAGAGAGACAGUUGAAUCAUCUCAAGCGAUGGUUGCUGCGUAGACAAGAGUCUGGCUUCACAGGUCGCCCCAACAAACCAGCAGACACUUGCUAUUCUUUUUGGGUUGGGGCAACUUUACAGAUGUUGGGCAUCCUUGAUUUGUCAAAUGUGACUUUUAACCGUUCCUUUGUGUUGAGUACCCAGUCUCCAAUCACAGGUGGCUUCUCCAAGUACCCAGACCAUAUACCUGAUCCGCUGCACACGUACCUAGGGCUUGGCGGGCUGGCUCUGAUAGGAGAACCCGGUUUGGGUCCCAUUUUUCCUGCCUUGAACAUGUCACAGAGAGCAUACGACCAUUUGGCCAACCUUCAUCAGCAGUGGAAAGAAGGGCCUGAUCAUUGA